AUGGUCCUACUCCUGGGCAGCACUGGAGAAUACACGGAAGUUGCUUCGGAGUUGGUGCACGAGCUUCAGCAGGAGGAGGCUCGGGAGGACGAUCCAGAGACGAGGAAGGUAUCGGCAAAAGAAGUCAGGAGCUCAAAGGGCAAGGAUCAGGAGGCAUGGAGAGUAGCAGUCGAGGAGGAAUGCGUGAAAAACUACCAGCAGAAGAACACGUACACCAUAACGACGGAGGAGGAGCGGAGGAGGUACCCACAUCCACUGCCAAUGCAACUUGUUUAUGGGAUUUCUCAUGGCAGGCGCAAGGCACGAGCAGUGGUGUGCGGCAAUUUCGAAAAUAAUGAUCCGACGCAGAAGCUUUGGACAGCACAGGCGGAGGUGUCAUCUCUGAUAGGUGCCUUAAAGCUCGCCUUGAUGAAGAACUGGGACAUCAGCACCAUCGACAUCACCGGAGCUUUCAUGUAUGCACCUCUUCCCGAGGGCUCUCUUGUAGUGGUGCGACCCCCGAAGGAGUUCGUAGAUAUGGGGAUUGCUCGCCCGGGGGAGUUGUGGACUCUUCACAAGGCCGCCUACGGUCUGAAAAUCGCCCCCCGUGCUUGGGGAAAGUAUCGAGACCAGACUCUCGGCGCAAUGUCUUGGGCGGCGGAGGGCAGAACCUACAAGCUGGUUCAAUGCUGCUCAGACUCUCAAGUGUGGCGUCUUGUCCAGCAGGGCGACGAGAUGAGCACUCUAGGGUUGACGGUCGUGUAUGUCGAUGAUUUCAUGAUUCUGGCUGAGCGUGGGGAGGCACGUGAAGGCCUCCUUGGCCAGAUCAAAGCGAUUUGGAGUACCGGCAAGGAAAAGACGCUGAAUGACACCGGCGGGAUAGGAACCCGCAGUGGCACUGGCGGGAUCGGAACCCGCAGUGGCACCAGUGGGAUCGGAGCCCACGGCGGUGAAGAGCUGAACUUCCUCGGAAUGCACAUGAAGAGGACGCCUGAUGGGAUCGAGGUUGGGCAUACAGAGUUCAUAGAUAAGAUCUUAGAGAAGCAUGGUAUGUCCACCGCACACGGCCUCACGACAGUCAGUAUGGACCACCUACCGGAGAAAGAAGACCCACCAAUACCAUCCGACCUCACACGAUUGCAGCAACUCGCCGGGGAAUUCAACUGGCUAGCCACCAGAACGAGACCCGAUCUUGCAUAUUUCGUCAGCUUGUUAGCCAGCGCGCUUUGCAAGUACAGCUCAUGGUCACAACAACUCUCAAACAAGAUCCUUCGGUACAUACAGCAUACCAGGCACUGCGUGCUGUUCUUGGGGAAGACGGGUGACGUCUGGGACCUCGAAGCUUGGAGCGACGCCGGCUACGGAGGCCCAGGCACCAAAGCACAGACCGGUUUGAUCUUGGUAUGGGGUGGAUCUGCUAUCUUGUGGAGGUCUAGCAGACAGACCGUCUCCAGCUUCAGCACUGCAGAGGCAGAGCUUGGCGCUGCCGCUUUAACGUGGCAGGUGACAGAAGGACUCCGGUUCCUCCUGGAGGAGUGGGGGUUGAACAUUCCGUGUGUUAGCAUUUUGGUCGAUAGUGCAGCUGCGAUGGCAAUUGCCGAUCAGGGAAGCGACUGGCGCACCAGGUACUUCGGGGUUCGCGGAGCCCGCCUCAAAGAGGAGAUCGAGCGGGAGAGGCUGCGUAUGGAACGCGCCCCUACUAAGGAAAUGGUCGCCGAUGGGCUCACCAAGCUGGCGUCCGCCGACGUGUUGAGGAAUCUGCGCAACGCCAUGACAGGCAGCUCAACUACUUCACCGACUUCGGCGGCAGCGGCUUCGACCAACACCAGUACUGCAUCAUGCGGAACCGUUGCCCCCCAGGGCGUUCCUUCAACGAAAAGGAAUCGACGGGCAGGAAAGCCCCGAGUGAACAAACGUGACCGGCAGUGGUACUGA